GGCCCCACCUCUCUUUCUCUCUCACACCCCUCUCUUGCUCUCUUUAAAACCAAACAAAACACCAUCUCUUCUCUUAUAAAGCUUUGUUAGUUUACUUGCUUGUCUUUUUAGUCAGGAAGUGUUUAGCUAAGGUUUUAAGCCAACCAUUUUAAACAGCACAACUUCUAGUUUCUUACCCUUUCUUUUUUCUUUUCUUUUUUUGUUUCCUCUGCAAAUAUUCCACAUUUCUUGGAAAAUGAUGGAGGCUUUGUUCCUCAAUUCUUCCUCAGUUGCACCGAUUAAACUCUUAAGAAUACCCGAAAAGCGUGACCGGUGCUUCUUGAGGAGGAAGAGUGUGGUGUAUUGCCAAGAGAGCGGUAAUCUGGUAAAGCCUAGUGGGAUUUCUUCGGUUUUUACCGAGAGAGCUGCAUUAGUGAGCACGGAUCAUAGUGCAGCUUUGAGAGAUGCAGGUAGCUUGAUUUUGUCCCCAAAUGGGAAUAGCCAGACUGAGAUUGCAGUGAAGGAUUUGAUGCCAUAUGGAGGACCAACCACCUCUUUGGUAGAGAUGCAUGAUGGUAUUGGAAUUGUCAAAUUUCUUAGAGGGAAGGGGUUUCUUAUCACUGGCGGAACUGGAUUUCUAGCUAAAGUUCUUAUUGAGAAGAUUUUAAGGACAGAGCCCGAUGUUGGUAAAAUUUUUCUUUUGAUAAAGGCAAAAAACAAGGAAUCAGCAGUGCAAAGAUUGAAAAGUGAAAUCAUAAAUGCUGAGCUUUUCAAGUGUCUCCGACAAACCCACGGAAAAUCCUACCAAUCCUUCAUGUUGAGCAAGAUAGUUCCUGUGGUUGGGAAUAUCUGUGAAUCUAAUCUUGGCUUCGAUGAAGAUUCAGCAGAUUUUAUUGCAAAAGAAGUCGACGUAAUUGUAAAUUCUGCAGCUAAUACAGCGUUUGAUGAAAGAUAUGACGUUGCUAUAGAUAUCAACACAAGAGGACCUUGCCACCUGAUGGGCUUUGCAAAGAAGUGCAAGAAACUAAAGCUCUUCUUGCAAGUAUCAACAGCUUAUGUUAAUGGUCAAAGACAAGGACAAAUUAUGGAAAGGCCAUUCAGUGUUGGUGAUACUAUAGCAAGGGAACUUUCAGAAAUUUCAUCAAGACCCUUCCCUGCAUUGGACAUCGAAGGUGAAAUAAAGUUGGCUUCAGAUUUCAUGGAAGCUUCUGAAGUCAAGUCAGUGGCUCAAAAGCUGAAAGAGUUGGGUCUAGAAAGGGCCAAAAGAUAUGGAUGGCAAGAUACUUAUGUGUUCACAAAGGCUAUGGGAGAAAUGAUGAUCGACAAAUUGAGAGGAGAAAUACCAGUUGUUAUUAUUCGACCUAGCGUAAUUGAGAGCACUUGCAAAGAGCCAUUCCCUGGAUGGAUGGAAGGAAAUAGGAUGAUGGAUCCUAUAGUGUUAUACUAUGGAAAAGGGCAGCUCACAGGUUUCUUAGUUGACCCAAAUGGAGUACUCGAUGUAGUCCCAGCAGACAUGGUUGUUAAUGCAACCCUGGCAGCCAUAGCAAAGCAUGGAGUGGCCCAAAAACCAGACAUCAAUGUAUACCAGAUUGCUUCAUCUGUUGUAAAUCCACUAGUUUUCAAUGACCUGGCGAAACUGCUUUAUGAAUACUACAAUUCAUCUCCGUGCAUGGACUCAAAGGGUAGGCCAAUCAAAGUUCCAUCUAUGAAGCUAUUUAGUUCCAUGGAAGAAUUCUCCACUCACCUAUGGGGAGAUGCUAUUCGGCGAAGUGGGUUGACAACUAUACCCCCUUCAAAAGGGAAAUUGUCUCAGAAACUCGAAACUAUCUGCAGAAAAUCAGUAGAACAAGCGAAGUACCUAGCAAACAUAUACGAGCCAUACACAUUCUAUGGUGGAAGGUUUGAUAAUAGCAAUACUCAAAGAUUGAUGGAAAGCAUGUCCGAAGAAGAGAAGAAAAAAUUUGGGUUUGAUGUGUGCGGCAUAGAUUGGAGAGAUUAUAUCACGAAUGUCCAUAUUCCAGGUCUAUGGAGGCAUGUCAUGAAGGGAAGAGGAAUGUGUAGCUAAACACCACUCAUCUUGUUAUACAUGUAAUCACAAGUCAAGUCCUGAAACCAGUUGGUUUAAAGACAAUGUCACUUCAGUUUCUUCCUUUAGAUUGCCUUAACUUCUUGGUGUACUUAUUUAUAUUUAAGCUUCUAUAUAUAAUCAAUGCCGGUUUCUUUUUCCAGUUC